GGAAAGUAUCACAUUCCGCAUUUCCACGUACAGAACUAGUGAACUACAGAUAAAUCAUUCCGAUCUACUGCAACAGUAGUGUGAUACCCAAGAAGGUGGGAUUUGGUGGAAAUGGAUGAUUUCUGGAAAGGCAUUAAUCUCUCCCCCGUCCACUCCUCCGCCGCAGCCGCCACCUACCUCCCGUCGUUCCCCUCCGGCGCCGGUUUCUCCCACGUACCGGGGCUCCAUGAAUUUCUACCUCUCCCCCCUGAAAUCGGCGGAUCCACAAGUUCCCCUCCGGCCGCCGUGGUCUCGUCCGUCUCCUUGGGCUCUCAACCCGCCCCUCCGCCGCCGCCGCGGCUCGCCAGGAAACGAAAGCCGGUAAGCCACGACGGCUCCGAUCCCGAGCGCCGCCACCAACGCUUGAUUAAGAACAGGGAAUCCGCCGACCGUUCCCGAGCUAAAAAAAUCGCCUACACAGCGGAUUUGGAGAUAAAGAUACAAUAUCUAACGCAAGAGAAUAAAAAGCUGAAGAUGCAAAGGGUCAAGCUGCUGGCUGUUGGGAUUCCUUCUGCGCCCAUAGUGCCACCAGAACCAGAAAAGGACAGAAAACUCUGCAGGAGUUUGACAUUUUGAGGAGAAAAUUAAAGAAGAAGGGGUUAUUAAAAAAAGGAAUUUUUUUUUGUUGAAGGUAAAAAAAAUUGAAAAACUGUAGUAAAAAGAGAAUGUACUGUGCCUAGUUGGCAUUUUACAUUCCUUGCGACGACUGGUUAGAGAGUGGGGCCCAGCCAGCAGUGCUGUUGUACGCAGUUGUUGGAUGUAGAGUGGGCCGUACAUAGUGUUGUGUCUCUCCAUCUGCACGAGAUAUUUUCCACCCUAUUAUAGACCCGGUUCGAUCAGAUCAGGUUCGAGUUUGAUAGUUUGACUUUUGGAACUGUUCAUCUAAGCACUUUGACUCAUCAAAUUCUAUCAAUGUGUAAGCCUAAAUAUAGUCAUGUGUGAUCU